UAAUGACGUACUGCUCCCUGAUUGGCUCUGUGUUGGAGGCGGUGGUUCAAGGGGGGGACUGAGAAUUCUGAGAGCAGGACACGUGGUUGGGAGUUUGGGGGUUCCAGAGACUUGGGAGGUUUGCCGUACCUAGAGAAAUCCCUAAGGAUGAAGCUAAAUCUUACCAAGGUAGUCAAUGGCUGUCGUCUAGGAAAAAUACAAAACCUGGGCAAAACAGAAAACCACAGCAUGGACAUUCCAGGCUGCCUUCUGUAUACCAAGACAGGCUCUGCCCCACACCUGACCCAUCACACCCUACAUAAUAUCCAUGGGCUUCCUGCCAUGGCCCAGCUUACGCUCUCAUCCCUAGCAGAGCAUCAUGAGGUCUUGGCAGAAUAUAAGAAAGGAGUUGGAAACUUUAUAGGGAUGCCAGAAAUGCUUCUAUACUGCUCCUUGCAUGAUCCAGUCAGCCCCUGCCCAGCUGGUUAUGUAACAAAUAAGUCUGCAUCUGUAUGGGGUGGUGGAGGAAGAGUAGAAAUUACCGUUUCCAAGUUCAUGGCAAUUCAGCAGGCCCUUCAGCCAGACUGGUUCCAGUGCCUUGCAGAUGGGGAGGCAUCUUGUGAGGAAGGAACUUCCAUAAAAAGAGCCAGAAAGUCUGUGGACCGAUCACUUCUUUUUCUGGAUAACUGUCUGCGGCUACAGGAAGAAUCAGAGGUCCUUCAGAAAAGCAUGAUCAUUGGAGUGAUCGAAGGUGGAGAUGUGAUGGAGGAGCGGCUGAGGUCGGCACGAGAGACAGCCAAACGGCCUGUUGGUGGCUUCCUCCUGGACGGCUUUCAGGGGAAUCCAGCAACCCUGGAGGCCAGACUGCAGCUUCUGUCAUCAGUCACUGCAGAGCUGCCCGAGGACAAACCAAGGCUCAUUUGUGGUGUUAGCCGGCCAGAUGAGGUGCUCGAGUGCAUUGAAAGAGGAGUGGACAUAUUUGAGAGUUUUUUUCCUUAUCUAGUGACAGAGCGGGGAUGUGCCCUGACAUUCAACUUUGAUUACCAGCCGAAUCCUGAAGAGACAUUAUUACAACAAAAUGGGAUACAAGAAGAGGAAAAAUGUGAGGAGCAAAUAAAGAAAAUUAAAACAACUGGUUGCAACCAAAAAAUGACAUCAUUUGAAAUUAAUCUGAAGGAAAAAAAGUACAGGGAGGACUUUAGCCCAUUGGUGAGAGAGUGCUCCUGUUACUGCUGUAAGAAUCACACUCGUGCGUACAUCCACCAUCUGCUGAUGACCAAUGAGCUGCUGGCCGGUGUCCUGCUGAUGAUGCACAACUUUGAACACUACUUUGCAUUCUUUCACUCCAUCCGGGAAGCACUAAAAAAUGACAGACUGACACAGCUGAAAGAGCUCAUUCGCAGGCAAGCAUGUUGAGAACUGGCAAAUACAAAUCUGAUCUGUAUUGAGCUUGUACCGUGGUUAUAACAUGGAAAGGAGUGAAAAAAACUGAUCUAGAUUUAUUUUGUUGUUGUUGUUUUUUGCUUACUUUUUUUGAAAGACAGAGUCUUACUGUGCAAUUCAGGCUAGCCUUGAACUCACUGUAUAACCCAGGCUGACCUCAAACUCACGGCAAUCCUCUUGCCUCAGCCUCCCAGUGCUGGGAUUACAGGCAUGCACCACGAUGCGUGUCAUGUCUUAGCUUUAAAUAUUUAUAUUUAAGGAUAAAAGUUUGCUAAAUAAAGAGCAUCUGAAACUAUGAAGAAAAUAAAGAAUGGCACUUUCAAACUGCCUACAUGAUGGUGAAGAGCUGUAUUAUAAAGAAUUAAAUAGCGUGACCAAAUUUGUUAAUUCAUGCGUGUAAUUCCAGUAUUUAGGAGGCAGAGACAGGAUUGCAAGUUCGAGGCCUGGCUACAUAAUUUAGUGAGAGUCUGUCCCAAAGUAAAAAGUAAAAAGUGCUAGUGAUGUAGUUUAGCGGCGGAAGCCUUGCCUAGAAUGCACAAGGCUCUGGGUUUAGUCCUUAAUACCAUACAAAAAAAUAAAAUUAAAAAUUACAGAAAAAGAAAAGAUGUAAGUGGCAUAGAUUGAUAAAAAGAGUUGAGCCAUGACCUUUACAAUAUCUAGGCUAGGGUCCAGAGGUUUAGUUCAGUGGUGCAGGCACCUGCUUGGCAAGUGCAAAGUUGUGAGUUCGAUCCCCGGUACCAAAUAAAAUAAAAUAAAAUAUCUAAGUUAAUUUUUCUUAGUUGACAGAAAUUCACCUAGAGAAGACUUUAGAUGGGAGGAGACACUUAAAAGGGGAGACAAGAUUGUAAGGACCACUGAAAAAUGAGUUGGGACCUGAGGGGAGAUGACUUCAUAAAGACUUCAUAACCUCUGUGGACCCGUAACCUGUUAACUGGAGAAAGAAGCUGGCCAAUUGAUAGUUUUCUUUUUUUGACUCUCAGGGGCCUUUCGGGUACUUUGUCUUCCAUAAUGCCCUGGUAGUACAGUGAUUCAGAAAGGGGUCAUGAGCCUUCACCACACUUUUGUCUUCCUGUGUGGGCCUCACUCAGUGCUCCUUGAUCAUGUGGCUCAGGUCACACAUUCAUUUGGCCACUUGGUCUGUUUGUGACUUGUCUUCUUCCUAGAGCCAGUGUGCUUACCAGUUAUGGGCCCAGGAGUUACACGGCUACUUUAUCUAGUUACACAAAUCUAAUCUAAGCACAUAAUAACUGUAGCCCUAUCCCCUGCUGAGGUUUAUUCUUAUGUGGCCAGUUGGAGGAAGACCCCAAGCUAGCCAGUUAGAUGAUCAGUUUCAGUCCUGCUCCAUUGUGACACCUGGAUAAAGAACUUAACGUCUCUAUUGUGUUCUCAUGAAUGAAUGGGGGCAGGCAUAGUGAUAAGACUAAAUAAACUACUAAAAUUUUACUGGCUUUCUUUUUAUUUUUUAUUAUUAUUACAAUUUUUGGUACUGGGGAUCAAACUCAUGACCUUGCACUUAUUAGGCAGCCAUUGAGCUAAAUCCCUCACAUGCCAGCCCUUCACCUGACUUUAAAAUUUGAGCAGCAAAAGCUUUGGAUUAGAGUCUUAGCCAUGCUUUUCACCCUUGUUUGUUAAACACUAUUGGCCUGGUUCAAAAGUUCCUCAGUGCCAGGAGGCAAGUGACAUAGUAAAUAUAUUCGAGAACAUAAAAGGAAGUCCAGCCUAUGAAUUUUUAAGUGGCUGAUGAGCGGGCAUCAAAAAUCCUGAGGCUGGGUAUCCUUCCUAGUGUGAUCCUUGAUCAUGUGAUUUUGUUCUGCUGUUACCAAAGGAGUGACAUUGUGCUGAUAGUGUGACAGACAAGGGAUUUUUAUUUUCUUUGUACUUUUUAUAUUUGUCAACUUUUAAGUAAGGAAUAUACAUAAAGAUAGGCAUACAUGUAGUUUUUAUAAAAAUAAUAACAAAACCAAAAUGAUGCCCCUUUUUUUGUGUGGGCAAGAAAUAAAUUUGUUUUAUACUCCUAUUAUAUUUUGCUGUUUUUCAAAAUUUGGUGGGCAUUACUGAGCACUGUUUGUAGUUACUAUGUGGCUAUUGUAUUUUUAUGUGUUGGGAGCCCAUCUGUGGUUCUCUUUAGUAAUAUAAUGUCGGCAUGAAUGACAGUAGAUACUGGUAGAAGUCGGAAUUUCUGUCCCCAAGGAUCUGGUUGUCCUGAAAGGUAUUGUUAUUCAUGUGUUCAUAGUCUUGUUCAAUGCCAAAACCCAUUGUUGAAGAAGUAUUAGUGUAUAUCCCAGAAUCCAUAAAAAAUUGUAGUUUUAUUUAUGUCCAAAACACUGAAAAUUCUGUUCAACAUUGUUCUGGUUCUUUUCUUAUUAGCACAUUUGAAAGAUGUGUUUUUAAUGUAGUAAAUCUAUUAAAGCCAAAAAAUCACUGUGUAUUGCUUUCUGUAAAUGUUAAUGAGUCUGUUAAACAAAAUAUUAAAUUUUCAUGCUACCAAGAA